AUAUUUAUAAGGGUUUCCGACAAAAUGGAAGAAAUCGGCAUCAUUAUACCAGAAAGGGAAGACAGCCAGGUGGUGGACACCAGACCCGGCACGGCAACAGGCAUAGCUCACGUCGAUCCUCUCCAGAUAGACGUCGAAGAUCUAUAUGCCAAAUACAAGAAAUUACAGCGUCAGCUAGAGUUCCUAGAGGUUCAAGAAGAGUACAUCAAGGAUGAGCAGAAGAACUUGAAGAAGGAGUACCUACAUGCCCAGGAAGAGGUGAAGCGGAUCCAAAGUGUCCCGCUGGUGAUCGGCCAGUUCCUGGAGGCUGUCGAUCAAAACACCGGCAUCGUCGGAUCAACUACUGGUUCUAACUACUAUGUGAGAAUAUUGUCAACGAUUGAUCGUGAACUUCUGAAGCCGUCGGCUAGUGUGGCUUUACACAAACACAGCAAUGCUCUCGUUGAUGUGCUGCCCCCAGAAGCAGACAGCAGUAUCAGCAUGUUGCAAGCAGAUGAGAAACCCGAGGUUUGCUAUGCUGAUAUUGGUGGCAUGGAUAUUCAGAAACAGGAGGUUAGAGAAGCUGUGGAACUGCCUCUGACGCACUUUGAGCUGUACAAGCAGAUAGGAAUUGACCCACCACGGGGUGUUUUGUUGUUUGGGCCACCUGGAUGUGGCAAAACUAUGUUAGCUAAAGCAGUUGCACAUCACACAACAGCUGCCUUUAUUCGUGUUGUUGGAUCGGAGUUUGUACAAAAGUACCUUGGUGAAGGACCUAGAAUGGUUAGAGAUGUGUUUAGAUUAGCAAAGGAGAACGCACCUGCAAUUAUAUUUAUUGAUGAAAUAGAUGCCAUAGCAACGAAACGAUUUGAUGCUCAAACAGGAGCUGACAGAGAAGUUCAAAGAAUUUUACUGGAACUUUUAAAUCAGAUGGACGGGUUUGACCAAACAGUCAAUGUCAAGGUUAUCAUGGCAACCAACAGAGCCGACACUCUAGAUCCUGCUUUACUACGACCCGGAAGACUAGACAGAAAAAUAGAGUUUCCGAUUCCCGACCGGCGACAGAAGCGACUGAUAUUCUCCACCAUCACUGGCAAGAUGAACCUCAGUGAGGAGGUGGAUAUGGAGGACUAUAUCGCGCGCCCCGAUAAAAUCAGUGGAGCUGACAUCAACGCCAUCUGUCAAGAAGCUGGUAUGCAGGCAGUACGUGAGAACCGUUAUGUGGUGCUUGCUAAAGACUUUGAAAAAGGAUACAAGAACAACAUUAAGAAAGAUGAAACUGAGCACGAGUUCUACAAGUGAUUUGUGGUUUUUACAAUAGGACAGUCAGUCGCAUUCGUUAUCUAUCUUUAAAAUGUCAUGGGAGAAAAAAAAUCAUUAAAUAUUCACAUUGAA